AUGACGACAUUAAACGAACGCCCGUUGCUUUUCAAGCCCAAGAGACAGUCUCUUGGCCACUCGCCCACACGAUCAAAGUCAAUACCUGACGACAUCCUGCUACACAUUACACCCUCCACAGCCUAUGAGGCCCUCAUGUCACCCACAGGUGCUAUCCGCGCCUGCAUGGCGCUCGCCUCCCCCGCUGAGCGCGAGUUUGCCAUGCGCACGGCUCUCGCCUCACAGAGAAUAUACGAAUGGCUUGCAGAGAUGCGCGCCUGGUCCUGGCCAGACGAAGGUGGCUCCACCGGCUUUGAGCAGGAUGCGCCGCAGGUGCGCCGGACUUUGUUUGGCUCUUCGACAAGUUCGACAAGCUCGCAACGACAGCAAGAAGUGUACCUGGGGAGCUUGCCUCAGCAUGAAGUCGCCGACUACGCUCGUCGCAUAGAAGAGAUAUAUCACGGUAUGGACCAACUCGAGGUUGAGGAUAUCAAGACACACAUUCUCGCAAGCCAUGUUCUGCCUAUUUCGCGAUCAACGACGCCCCUCUCAGAAGGCGGUCACUAUAAUGCAGCUGCGCCGUCAUACCAUAGAAUGGGCGAUCUCUCUGCCGUCGUGACAGCCAUUGUCGUCCAGGCGCUCCCCAACAUUGCGCGACUGACGCGCUUACUGCAAAUAUGGACGAUGCGCAUCACAGUAUUACAAUAUGUGAACCCUGUUCUUGGUGCAAUUGAAGACGCCGAGCAGAUUAUGGAUGAUGCCUGGGAACAGGUCUCGCUGCUCGCCCAGGAGAAGGCCCGCUUGGAGAGAGACGAAGGCGGAGAGCCACUGGAAGUUGUGCUCACAAAGGAGACGCUCGGCCCCAAGAAACGCUCCAUUAUGCGCAAAGUGGCCAAACCUGGCCGCACCCUCGACUACAUGCUGGACUGCCUCGAAGGCCUCGACGACACGCUGCCCGACCAUUGGCUCGAACGAAUGGAGGUCAUUGAACAAGACUACAGCGAGUGGGCGGCCGUUGCUGAGCGCAAGAUUAGAGAGAUUGAGUGGCUGCGCAACAUCAUGGCUCGCCAAAACGAGGGUGGUGUCAAGCUGCAGGACGAGUCUGUCUACAUUGACCCCGACACGACGACAGAGAUCUCGAUGCUAAAUGUCACGGACAAUCUCGCCGACAAGGUUGCUUCGCGUGACACUAUGUCGCCCAAGCGCGCCACGGAUGAUCGCUUAACUAUGUCAGCGCUUGGAUUCGUCAGUGGCGCCAUGCCAAACAUGGGGAGUGAACUGGUGGUCGACUCCGAGACGCCAGCGAAGCAGAGACGCAGUGCCUCGGACGAACUUGCACAGGCUGCUAUGAGCCCUGUCAAGGAAGAGGUCGACGAAGAAGAAGAAAUUUGCCUGCCUGAACUUCGAAGCAGCGUCAUGGCCGAUGCCAGUGAGCUUGCUGACGACACAGUGCUCUACGGGAGUCACUUUGACGGCAUGUCAAGCGACGGCCCGGAAAUUUCGGCAUCACCAACCGCAUUCAAAGGUCCUGUUCGCGAGCCAAUGUACUUUGACGACAGCCCGCCUAGUUCGCCGCCGCUGUCGCCGCCUAUGCUAGAGCACCAGAAUCGCGACUCCGUCAUUACUCUCGUUGACAGCCCACCGGUUAACUCUGGCUUACCAGAGUUUGAAGAUUCCAUCGGCUUGAAGAGCCCGCUCGAUAGCUCCUUCAUGGACGACUACGACGACUCUUACUCGCUCCCCGACGUCGCGCCCCCAACCUCUGCCGUCCGCAGAGACAGCGUUGGCGACCAGAAGCUGCGCAGGCAAAUCAGCCAGAUCAUCGAGGGCAUCCCAGCCAAGAUUCGCCUCCAGUCUGACAUGCCAAAUGUCAACCUCAACCCGCCCGACCUACAACUGCCGUACCUCAAGAAGAAGCCUUCCAAGGAUCGCUUCCGCCGCAGCGGCUCAGCGGUUAGUUCCCGCACCACGACGCCCUCCUUCACGCUCUCGCCUGCCAAAUCUUCUCGCCCGCCGCGUCCCCAACGUGGGCAGCAGGAAAUUAAAGUAUACCACUUGUCACGGUCGACUGGCGAAGCGCCUAUCAAACUCUUUAUCCGCUGCGUCGGACAGGAUGGCGAGCGUGUCAUGGUGCGCGUUGGUGGUGGCUGGGCCGACCUCAGCGAAUACCUCAAGGACUAUGCCAGCCACCACGGUCGGCGCUCCGGCAAGCCUGAAGAGACGACGGUUGAAGUGCGUGAUCUGCCACAGGUUAGCCGCGCUGUGAACAGCAACGGCCCCGUUCAAGGUUCCAGCCCCGGCAGCCGUCCUGCUUCGCAGUUGGGCGAUGUCUCGAUUGCUACGGCUGCACCCACCACUCCGCUCAACGUGCGUAAGACGCGCCGCAGCACCGGUGCAGUCGGCAGUGAAGCACCUCGCUUCCGCCCCAAGACGCCUGCCGCGGCACUGCACUACUCGUCUGUCGAGAACACGCCAGGUUCAGACGCCGGCGGUGGCUCUGCACGGUCGCGCCCUGGCUCUCGCCUUAGUUGGGUUGAGGAUGACAGCUCGUUCCUAGGCCUGGCCGGUCCCUCGGGCAAGAAGGUGGAGAUGAGCGACGAGAACAAGGCAUGGGUAGAGAGCGUCAAGGAAAAGGUGCGUCUCGCUAGUGGUGAGCGCAAGAUACCUCCGCUGGGCAACCCGCCUGGACCGGCGCUGUCGAGCGCGGCGGCACCCAAUGUCGUCCCGGAGCGCUCCGCACGGGGUUCGACGCCUGUGGACGACAAGAAGCGCUUUGGUGAGCUGGGCAAGGUGGGAGGCACAAAGAGGUUGUUUAGAAAGGCCGGGGCCGAUGGACGACGAUCUGGCGCUGCUUGA